AUGAUUCCAUUUUUCAAAAUCGGAAUUGUUCUUAUAAGACAAAUAAGCAAACCCAUAUCAGGAUACAUAAAAAAGAAAGCGAUAGAAAAUAAAAAAUUUAAAAGUAUAUGUAUUUACUGUGGGAAAAAGUAUUACUUCUUCGAACAGUACAUUCAGAAAAAAUUCUACAACGCGAAUGCUACCAACGUUAAUUACAGCUCUUACAUAAGUGAGAACAAAUCCGUUAAUGUAGGAAGUGAACUUUUAGGGGAAACUAUCAUCUUCCUUGUGGCGGCAAUAAUUAUUGUAGCCGAAUAUAAAAGGAAUAGUUUGAAGGAAGCGAAGAAGGAAAUGGUUUUAAAUCAUAAGCUGGAAACGCUCAAAUUACAAGUACUGGAAUUGCAAAAGGAAAAUGAUGAAAUUAUGAAUGUACUUUUUCCUCAUAAGAAGAAUAUUCGUGAUAGUAGAAGCUUCCAUGUUACACAUUCCAAUUUUUUUAAAGAUAUUUACAAGAAAAUUAUGGGAACCCCUGGGGAUGAUCAGCCUGUGCAGGAGCAGCAGUCAGAUAAGGGCAAGACGGAGGGGUAG